UUUCCCUCUUAACUGAUUUCAAAAUCGCUAUGUAUAAUAUAAAAAACGCUUAAUUGUCAACAAUCUGCAGUUGUGUUAAAAAACAACGUAAAUUUUUAUUUAAAAUUCAUUUUACUAUAAAAAAGUAGGUAAUGUCUUUUAGUCAAUCUUUGGUAAUACCACAACAUAAUUACGAUAUAUUUGGCCCCAGUUGGCAGGCCGGAGUUUCAAGCUCUCAAAGUUUGGCAAAAUCUUUACGAAGUUAUGACGUAGAAAGUGUAAAUAUUGUUAAAACAUGUGAAAAACUGUGCUCGGUCCUAAGCGCAAACAGAGAUUCGAAUCAGGAGUUGUCCCAGGAUCUAGAAGAUGCUGAUAAUCUUUGUGCUGUUGAAAAACCUAAUACUAUACCCUUUCGUACUUUCACUAAUAUAUGGUAUGGUACCUUAAAAAUUUACCAACAACAGGUCAAUACACUUUUCCGAUUAUCUCAAGAUUUACUUUCACGUAGCUGUAAUUAUGAUGUCAAACAUUUAGAAGCCACUAAAAGAAAGUCAAGCUUAAAGUCUCAAAAAUGUAUUAAAAAACGUCGCCUAACAAUAAGAGAAUCAACUAAUAAGUCAUUUAUUUCUACAAACUAUUCUGAACUCCUAGAAGAUUUAGAAAGAUUAACAAAAGAACCAAUACAAAAAUCAUUAGAACAGUCUUCUGAAACUGUUUCACGUUCAAUUACACAAUUGCAAAUUCGUGAGAUAACUAUACGGGAAAUUAGUGCUACUACAACUCACUCCCUAAACGAGGCAGUAGAUGAAGAUAGUGGCUUUGGUGAGGCUACACACGAAGAAAUUGCAGAAUUUCUAAAUUUGUUUAAUGAUAAUUCUAGUCUUAAUCUUAAGAAAACACCAACAAAACGUAAGUCAAGUUGUGAACAGGAAAUACCCAUCAAACAGAAUCGUUAUAGUAAUGAUUAUACUAAAGGACCGUUAAUACCCAACGGGAAUAUUAUAAUAACUAAAAAUUCAGUAAAAACAUCUCCUUUAAAAAGAUCAUUUACACCAACAGAGUUUGCUGAGACAGUUGAUAGAAACAAAUAUUUGGAAAAUAUCGAUACUUCAGGAAAUGUUCCACAACAUAUUUUUGUUGAAAACAAUGAAUUUAUCGACGCUGAUGGAAUUACAAUAGCAGCUGAAGUGAUUGUUAAGAAUAAAGAAAUUUCUAAACGCUGCGGAAUUAAAAAGAAGAAAAUGCGUUUAAUUAUUGAUGAAUGUACUAAAAUUGAUACAUCAGAAUUUAUAGAGGAAAUGAAAGAUAACAACACAUUUUCAGCAAAAUUGGCUAGAAAGAAAAUCUCGAAAUCAUAUAAAACUAAAAACUUUAAAACAGCUUUAGAACUAUUAACUAGAUUUAAUAGAAGAUCUCUAAAGUUAUCUUUAACCUUAAAACAAAAGAUUAAUCUAUCACGUGAACAAUUUGAAAGAGAAUAUAUAAAUUUACUGCGUGAAAUCUUUACCACGGACUUUAACGAAAAAUGGGUUUCAGAAAUAUAUCCUAAAUGGUUAUGUUUCAAAGAUGCACCAGAAAAAUCAAAUAAAUCUACUCCUUUAAAUAAAUUAAAAAUUAAAAAAAUGUCUGUCGAACAACCAGCAGCUGAAUCAAAUAAUCUUAGUGAAAAUUUAAAUACAGAUGCAGUAAUAGAUGACAACAAUAACGAUAUUUACAACAUAAAUCAAGAAAUACAAAAGCUAGAAAAUAAUUAUAACAAGGAACCACCGGCUUUUAUCAACCAACAUAUGUGGCGCCCUUAUGGUGUUAUGCUGAAUUUAUUAAACUUGUGGCGUUUUAAUCAAACUAAUGAAAUUGCCGCAAAAACACUGUUUAAACUAGCUGAAAAUCGUUUUGACAGAGCUUUGGGUUUUUACUCACUCUUAAAUUUAUCCAAGAACCAGUUUGUUUUUCUCACAAAUUUUCCUGAAACUAUUGCCUUAAAAAGUAUUUUAAUGGGUAAAUCUAUAAAAACUAAUAUAAUAUAGAAUGUGUUAUAUAUAUAGGGCACUAGUUUUCAUUGUUUUUUAGUCCAUUGUCAAGGGAUUAAAAUUGUUAAGUUUUUGUUUUCUAUAUAAUUUAAGAUAUUGUUAAAUUCAUAUUUAAAUAGGAUAGUUUCAUACAUACAUAUUCUUAUGUAAACUAGCUUAUAAAUUGAAAUAUAUUUUCUAUAUC